CAGAUCAAGUGAUAGAUAAAUUGAAAGGACUCCAAAUACCUAAUAAUAAAAUGGAAGUCCAACAUUUAAUUGGAUUAUUCUCAUAUUGGAGACAACAUAUACCCUAUUUACAAGUACUAUUACAACCAUUGUAUAAAAUAACUAAAAAGGCAGAAGAGUUCACUUGGGGAAAGGAACAAGAACAAGCAGUAAAAGUGACACUGGAAUAUAUAGCACAAUUUCGCAACCUAAAUUUUGUACAACCAGAUGAUACUAUUAUCAUUGACCUGUUAUACAUGGCAGGUUAUGGAAAUUGGAAUAUAUUUGCUAAAAGAAAUUCGGAUUUAGUUCCUGUAGGAUUCUAUUGCAAGAAAUUCCCAUGGUCUGAACAAAAAUAUUCACUCUUUGAGAGACAAAUAUGGACUGCUUAUGAAGCAAUCAGAACAGUCCAGUCCUUAUUAAGAAACAACAAAGUGAUAAUAAGGACCAACUUACCAAUCAUAGAUUGGAUUAAGGCACCUGGAGAAGCAUGGGCUGGACUACCCAUGGAAGGAAAAGUCUUAAUGUGGAAAUGGUUCCUAAAUGACUUCCUUCGGUUGAAUGCAGUGUCUGCACAGGGGUCGGUACCAAUGGUCUCGGAGUCGAUACUUCAGUCCAACAGCCCCAUGACUCCAAAUGGGAUUGAGUUCCCUAAGACCACCCCUCCCCUGAAACAGGUACCAAUGGGGCAUUGGGGGACACAGGCAUACAACCCCUCCAUGGUUAACGCCUGGUUUACUGAUGGAUCAGCAACUUCCAGAAAUGGAAAGAUACAUUGGAAAGCUGCAGCUUUCAGACCAUUUGAUGGAAAAAUAUUGCAGGAAUCAGAUACAGGAAAAUCUGCACAACAUGCAGAAGUUAUAGCAGCUAAAUUGGCAGUACAACAAUCCUUUGAUGAGAAACAGAAAGUGUGCUAUAUUUUCACAGACUCAUGGUGUGUGGCAAAUGGAAUAGCAAUAUGGUCAGGUAAAUGGAAAAAUAAUAAUUGGAAACUACAUUAGACAAGUUAUCUAAAUCAGUAAAAAUAAUAGUUUAUCAUGUUGAUGCACACACCAAUAAAAAGGAUGAUGUGCACAAACAUAAUGAUACUGUAGAUAAAUUAGCAGCAGCUCAUAUUAAGAUGAAG